AUGUGCAUCCUGACAGUCACAAAGGCCAGCGUGGACAUUGAGAGCCAAACCGACAUCAACACAGCCACUGGGUGCUUCAUCAUGGACGAGAUUGGGCUGCUGAACACUACCGCCAACGCUGCGGCGGAUUUCCCAGACGGGGGCGGGACUGCGGAGGACCCCUUCCCGCCUCUGCGUGGCCUGCUGCCGACCGCAACUUCGGUCAGGAAGAACUCCUGGAUGGCCGUGGGGACGCCGAGCUCCGCGGGGGACAGCGGGGCAUCGUUCGCCGUCGCCGCCUCCACGAGGAUUGCCACGGCGGUCCUGAUCAUGCCCUCGGCGGCUCGGAGCAGUCGCAUGGCGGGCCGCUCUCCAGGGCCGCCCGAGAGCCCCGCAGCAGCGGGCGUGGCCGACGCCGCGGCGGUCAGCGUGGACGCGGGCGGCAUACUCGCCUGGGCCGGCAGCGUGGCUGGCGCCGCCGAGGCCCAUCGAGCACAGGCGCCCGCGGCCGGCGUCGCGGCGGGCGCAGCCUCGCAGGACAUGCACAACGACACGACCGCUCCGACGGCAGCGCCGACGGCAGCUCCCACAGAAGCUCCGACGGCAGCUCCUACAGCAGCGCCGACCGCAGCGCCGACGGCAGAUCCGACAGAAGCGCCUACAGCAGCGCCGACCGCAGUGCCGACGGCAGCUCCGACGGCAGCUCCAACAGCCAGCGCCGACAACAGCUCCGUGCCGACAGAAGCUCCAACGGCAGCUCCGACAGACGCGCCGACAACAGCGCCGACGGCAGCUCCGACAAACAGCACCGACAACAGCUCUGUGCCCACAGAAACUCCGACGGCAGCUCCGACAGGCGCGCCGACAUCAGCGCCGACGACAGCUCCGACAAACAGGAGCGACAACAGCUCCGUGCCCACAAGCGCUCCGACGGCGGCGCCUACGGCUGCUCCGACGAAAGCCCCAGCCGAGACUCCGACGGUUGCGCCGCCGAAGCCGAAGCCCAAGCCCGAGCCAAACGUGUCGGCCAAGCCGGAGCCAACGCCGAAGCCGAAGCCCCAGCCGACCGCGUCCGACGGCAACGACACGAAGCAGGCCAAGCCCGCCGCCAAGCCAGCAGCCGAGGUGGCGUCCAGCGGCAACAAGACGGGAUCGCCGUCCGCGAAGGCGGGCGAGGUGAUGAACUCGGUCGUGAACCUGACCGCCGCCGACAAGAUCCUGGAGGACCAGACGGUCGCGUUCGCGAGGGAGCGGAUCGCGAUCGAGCGGAAGGCCAAGUGCGCGGACAAGCCGUCCCAGGUGGCCUUCACCGUGAAGAGCGCCACGGUCCAGCUGUCCGAGGUCAUCAUAGUGAGGAUGAAGGUGGAGAUCGGCGGGGACGAGCACACCUUCAAGGUCGAGUGGCUGUCCAGCAGCAAGGGCGCCUCGCCGCAGGACAGGGACGCGCUGUCUAGGUCCAAGCAGCCCUGGGACACCACGCCCGCGGCGGGCUCCCUGGACGCAGGGGCCAAGCUGAUAUUGCCCGUGCCAGCCUGCGACCUCGGCGCCAAGCCGAGCGGCACGGUCUCACUCGUGGGGGACGACGGGCUGGACGCGGAGGGGCUGCCGAGGGGCUUCCGGCAGCGGCAGCUGGACCAAGGGCUCCCGGCCGCCUUCGGCCUCGAGGUGGCUGAGGAGCUGCGCGCCUACCGCGCGGGUCUGCUGCAGCAGGCCUCAUCCCAGGGCCACACGGACACGGCCUGGCAGCACUCGGUGAAGUACGUGGUGCUCAACGACGGCACGGAGAAGAAGUCUGCGACCUACCCCGCGAGCUUGGACUGGAGGGCUCUCAAGCCGGCGUGCCUGGAUUAUGUCCACCACCAGGAGGACUGUGGCGCCUGCUACAUGUUCGCGGGGCUGGACUCGGCGUCGGACAGGCACUGCAUCAACAUGGACUCGAAUUCCCAGCUCGGCGUCAUGCACCACCUGUCCGUGCAGCAGGCGAUCCUGUGUGAGCCAUUGGGACGCCAGUGCGCCGGGGGGUGGGCGGAAAUCGCCUUCAACCACAGCAAGGUGCUCGGGCUGGGCACGGAGGCCGACUGGGAGUACGAGCGGGCCUGCCUCUCCGACUCGGUCUGCCAGUUCGGCAGCCAGUGCGUGGUGGCGCCUCCGAUCACGUAUCAGUGCGGGAACUUUUUCUCCGUGGAGGAGCUGGACGGCCUGCAGACCAUGGGCGACGCGUUCCUGCUGGUGAAGGCGCGGUGCCAGCAGACCCAGAGGGUGGCGGAGUGCUUGCAGUGGGCGGGCACCAGGUUUAAAGAGGGGUCCUCGGAGCUCUUCGCGGCCUCGUCGAAGUUCUGCACGUCCGUGGUGACCGAGUUCGCGUCGUACCUCGGCAAUUCGACGGUGCUCCUGGAGGAUGCCCUGCGCAAGCGGAGCGGCAGCAUCGCGCGCGCCGGCGAGGGGCUUCUGGAGCAGACCAGGAGCCGCCUGGACUCGGCCUUCUUCUGGAAGUCCGGGUCGGCCACGUCCAGCACGGCGGCCGCGUCGACG